AGAAAGUUGACCGACACAAAGACCAUUCCCAGCAUGGCUGCAGACGUGUCCCCAGGACCAACAAUUUUCAACAGUGUGAUGGCCAGGACCAAGAUGAAACGCAUGAGGGAAUCAGCCAUGCAGAAGCUGGGGACAGAAGUAUUUGAAGAGGUCUAUAAUUACCUCAAGAGAGCAAGGCAUCAGAAUGCUAGCGAAGCAGAGAUCCGGGAGCGUUUGGAAAAAGUGGUGCCUCGAGCCAGCGACUGUUUUGAAGUGGACCAGCUCCUGUACUUUGAAGAGCAGUUGCUGAUCAUGAUGGGAAAAUAACCUACUCUCCAGAACCAUCUCUAGGCAACAGUCAAAAAGAAGCAGGAGUUCAAGUGGACAAAUGUAUGUGAAAAUUCAUUUCACAUAGAAGCUGAACUCUAUUAUGGGGAAUGGAUACAAAAGCGGAGCUCCCAUAUUGACUUUCAAUUCCUCGUCAGAAGUACUGGCUUCUGUAGAGAGCAGUGAGCAUGGCUGCCUGUGCUUGGAGUCAUAAGUGUUAUUUGGACUAUACCCUGAGAUAAGCUUGUAGAUCAAGUUUGGCUCUCUUGUAAAGCAUUUCUCUCAUGUGCGCCCUCAGGGCUUCCAGCAGAAUUGAGUCACCUUGACAAUGACCUGGGAGAAGCCAUGUGCUCUUCAUCAUUUUCAGCUGGAGGACAGAGCUCAGUGCCUGACUGCCUAGGGUCUCGGGGACUGUGGGCAGCCAGCCAGUGAAGGUCACUGGACCCUAGCCUACAACAUGCUGAGCUGCAGCCCAGAAGCCAGACAUAUCUGUCUUAGCUGACCUGUUUUUGGUCCACUUUUGCCCUUCCAUGACUAACAAGGAAGAAAUGUAUGUAUUUCAUACACACACAAGGACCUGGAUUAAAAAUCCAAAGAGUGAUUCUCUUCUAUGAUUUAUUUCAAACUCAUCCAUAGAUAAUUCAAGAUUUGUAUUCAAAAUAAACAUAGUUUUCACAGUUACAAAAUAAAUCACCUAUUUUAUCUUUUCCUUA